ACCUCCGCCGCACCACCCUCCUCCCCUUCCCACUUCCAGGCUCCUCCUCCUCCUCUUGGAGGUCCAGAUAGGGCGCAACAGUCAUGACAGAAGUCCUGUCAAGACCUCUUGAGCACCAUCUAAGCUCUGCAACCUUAGAUGGCCACUAUGAAGAGAAGAGGAAAUCCAACGUUGAAUACUCCGAGGAUGAAAGGAAGGCCAAAAUCAUGUCAUUGAAGAAGAAGGCAAUGAGCGCUUCACAAAAAUUGAGGCAUUCAAUGAAGAAGGGGAGGAGGAGCAGCAAGGUCAUGUCCAUCUCAAUCGCGGAUGAACGUGAUCCUGAGGAAGUGCAGGCCGUCGAUGCCUUCCGUCAGCUCCUUGUACUUGAAGAGCUCCUACCAUCUCAGCACGAUGAUUACCACAUGAUGCUAAGAUUUUUGAAGGCAAGAAAGUUUGAUGUUGAGAAGGCAAAGCAAAUGUGGGCUGAUAUGCUGCGGUGGAGAAAGGAAUUUGGUGCAGAUACCAUUCUUGAGGAUUUUGAAUUUGAAGAAGCUGACAAGGUGGCAGAAUGCUAUCCUCAAGGUUACCAUGGAGUUGAUAAGGAGGGAAGGCCUGUCUACAUUGAACGACUUGGACAGAUCGACGUCAAUAGGCUAAUGCAGGUCACUACAAUGGAUCGUUUUGUCAAGAACCAUGUCAGGGAGUUUGAGAAGAACUUUGCUGUUAAGUUCCCGGCUUGCUCAGUCGCCGCCAAGUGCCACAUUGAUCAGAGCACAACAAUUCUUGAUGUGCAAGGGGUGGGGAUGAAACAAUUCAGCAAAGCUGCAAGAGACCUCAUUGGUCAGCUUCAGAAGAUUGAUGGUGAUAACUACCCUGAGACACUGUGUCGGAUGUUCAUUAUUAAUGCAGGGCCAGGAUUCCGACUUCUUUGGAGCACAGUGAAGAGUUUCCUUGACCCAAAGACAACAGCAAAGAUUCAUGUGUUGGGCAACAAGUACCAGAGCAAGCUUCUUGAAGUGAUCGAUGCUAGUGAGCUGCCGGAGUUUUUUGGUGGAACUUGCCAAUGUGAAGGUGGUUGCAUGAAGGCUGACAAGGGCCCUUGGAAGGAUGCUGAAGUGAUGAAGAUGGUUCAAAGCGGUGCUGGGUGGUGUGGAAAUCUUAGCUUGAAUCAUUCGGAGACCGAGGAGAAAAUGAUGAUUUGUGAAGAUGACGCCAAGAAGCAGGAUUCAUUCAAGGAUGAAGGGCGCACUCUGUCACGAAAAAUAUCGCGGGGCCGAAUCGAGCAUCCUUUGCUAUCACCUGUUCGUGAGGAGCUUGCCCCUCUGAUGCACCCUACCCCUGGAUCACCCUACUUCUGUGAUGUUCCAAUGGUAGAGAAGGCCAUAGAUGCCAUUUGCCAGAGCAAGGGACUGCCGGAUGAGGAUAUUGCAAUCACCAAAGCCAUUGCAAAUGCCUCCAAUGGAUCCAAUCCUCCAUUCUUUGGGGGCAUCAUGGCUCUCGUCAUGAGCAUCGCAACCAUUCUCCGUGUUAGCCGCGGCAUGCCAAAGAAGGUGCUUGGCGCAACCAAAAGCCAAGAACAGCAGCCACCCAAGAGUGCAUUAGUGGAGGCUGUGCCGGCGGCUGAAUACGCUUGCGCUGCAAAGCGCCUCUCCGAAAUCGAGGAGAAGGUCGUUGCGAUCCUCACCAGGCCUGCUGAAAUGCCGGCUGAUAAGGAGGAGAUGCUCAGGACUGCCGUCAGCCGAGUUAGUGCGUUGGAGGAGGAGCUUGCAGCCACCAAGAAGGCCUUGCAGGAGACUCUUGAGCGACAGGAGGAGAUCAUGGCAUACAUUGAGAAGAAAAAGAAGAAGAAAAGCAAGCGCCUGUUUCGUUGGUAAUGUGCAAAGAACUAUUGCCCUGGGUUUGAUCAAGAGUUGAUGUUUCCAUCUGCUGACAAAGCACGAUUCCAAGUGUAACAUAUAAUGUUCAUUUGUUCUUUUUCCUGUGUUGCUACCAUUGAUUGAUCUGAGCUUCUCGGCCUUAAUAUAAUUUUUGCACGGUGUGGGUGCGAUAAUUAUAUACCAAUAUGCUUUUUGGUGUUGUCA